UCUUGACCUCGUGAUCCACCCACCUCGGCCUCCCAAUGUGCUGGGAUUAUAGGCAUGAGCCACCACGCCUGGCCUAAAACUCAGCUUUUAAAGAGAGCAUAGAAUACCUAAUUUAUAGACACAUACCAUUUCACUUAUGAAAAAUAUCAUAGAUCUUUAAAGUUGAAAAGAGAUCCUAAAGUUUAUUUACCUCUACCAUUUUACAGAGAGGAAGAAAUUUUGUCCUAGAGAGGUAAAGUUACCUACUCCGUUUAUAUGGGAGGUUAUUUUCAAAAAGAUAUUAGAACUUCAAGAAUAAUGUAUUUGUGGCCUUGGACAUGAGGCAAUCAGUCCUCUGUUGCUGUUAACAUAAGGUCAGGGACUGAUGAGGAAAGCAUGGACCUAAUGAACGGGCAGGCAAGCAACGUCAAUAUUGCAGCUACUGCUUCUGAGAAAAGUAGCAGCUCUGAAUCCUUAAGUGACAAAGGUUCUGAAUUGAAGAAAAGCUUUGAUGCUGUGGUAUUCGAUGUUCUUAAGGUUACGCCAGAAGAAUAUGCGGGUCAGAUAACAUUAAUGGAUGUUCCAGUAUUUAAAGCUAUUCAACCAGAUGAGCUUUCAAGUUGUGGAUGGAAUAAAAAAGAAAAAUAUAGUUCUGCACCAAAUGCAGUUGCCUUCACAAGAAGAUUCAAUCAUGUAAGUUUUUGGGUUGUUAGAGAAAUUCUUCAUGCUCAAACAUUAAAAAUUAGAGCUGAAGUUUUGAGCCACUAUAUUAAAACUGCUAAGAAACUAUAUGAGCUGAAUAACCUUCAUGCACUUAUGGCAGUGGUUUCUGGCUUACAGAGUGCCCCAAUUUUCAGGUUGACUAAAACGUGGGCGUUAUUAAGUCGAAAAGACAAAACUACCUUUGAAAAAUUAGAAUAUGUAAUGAGUAAAGAAGAUAACUACAAAAGACUCAGAGAAUAUAUAAGUAGCUUAAAGAUGACACCUUGCAUUCCCUAUUUAGGUAUCUAUUUGUCAGAUUUAACAUACAUUGAUUCAGCAUAUCCAUCAACUGGCAGCAUUCUAGAAAGUGAGCAAAGAUCAAAUUUAAUGAAUAAUAUCCUUCGAAUAAUUUCUGAUUUGCAACAGUCUUGUGAAUAUGAUAUUCCCAUGUUGCCUCAUGUUCAAAAAUAUCUGAACUCCGUUCAGUAUAUAGAAGAACUACAAAAAUUUGUGGAAGACGAUAAUUACAAGCUUUCAUUAAAGAUAGAACCAGGGACAAGCACCCCACGUUCUGCUGCUUCCAGGGAAGAUUUAGUAGGUCCUGAAGUAGGAGCAUCUCCACAAAGUGGACGAAAAAGUGUGGCAGCUGAAGGAGCCUUGCUCCCACAAACACCCCCAUCCCCUCGGAAUCUGAUUCCACAUGGACAUAGGAAGUGCCAUAGCUUGGGUUAUAAUUUCAUUCAUAAAAUGAACACAGCAGAAUUUAAGAGUGCAACGUUUCCAAAUGCAGGGCCAAGACAUCUGUUAGAUGAUAGUGUCAUGGAGCCCCAUGCACCAUCUCGAGGCCAAGCUGAAAGUUCUACUCUUUCUAGUGGAAUAUCAAUAGGUAGCAGUGAUGGUUCUGAGCUAAGUGAAGAGACCUCAUGGCCUGCUUUUGAAAGGAACAGAUUAUACCAUUCUCUGGGCCCGGUGACAAGAGUGGCACGAAAUGGCUAUCGAAGUCACAUGAAGGCCAGCAGCUCUGCAGAGUCGAAAGAUUUAGCAGUACAUUUAUAUCCAGGAGCUGUUACUAUUCAAGGUGUUCUCAGGAGAAAAACUUUGUUAAAAGAAGGCAAAAAGCCUGCAGUAGCAUCUUGGACAAAAUAUUGGGCAGCUUUGUGUGGGACGCAGCUUUUUUACUAUGCUGCCAAAUCUCUAAAGGCUACAGAAAGAAAACAUUUCAAAUCAACCUCCAAUAAGAACGUAUCUGUGGUAGGAUGGAUGGUGAUGAUGGCUGAUGACCCUGAACAUCCUGAUCUCUUCCUGCUGACUGACUCUGAAAAAGGAAAUUCGUACAAGUUUCAAGCUGGCAAUAGAAUGAAUGCAAUGCUAUGGUUUAAGCAUUUGAGUGCAGCCUGCCAAAGUAACAAACAACAGGUUCCUACAAACUUGAUGACUUUUGAGUAAAAGCCUGAGAAAAAAAGAGAGGUGAACUAUUGCUCCUAUGUGAGCAUGGGGACCUGAUAAAAGAGCGCCAGCUAUAAACCAUCCUGUGCCAGGAAGAGCCCAGAGGCUCUGUCUCAGUCUUUGGAGUUCUGAACCAAAAAAGCACUAAUUUCAGGGAAUGAAUUGAGAUAUUCCCAGAGAACAAAUUGGAGUUGCAAAACAAACUGCCAUGAACCAUGCUUCUUAUCUCAGAACUGACCUGUGGAAACCACUGCCUUAAAAGAAUGAAAGGAAAACCAACAUGAAACACCAAAUAGUGUGUGUGAAUCUUCUGGCGGUGCUGUGCUUGGAAUAGAUCGUAGCUAAUUUGCAUUUCUUUUAACUUUGUAAUAAUUUUAGAGGGGGGGGUUGCCUUUUUUAGGUACGCUUUAGAAAGGAAAAACAUAUUGUUGUGGACUACAUCAGGAGCUGGUUUGGAACAGAGGUGAAGAGACUUAGCAGGGAUUGUACCAGCAGCCCACCUGCAAGGUUUGUUCUCCCUCUCGUAGUCUGCAACCUCACUGGCUUUCUCACAGCAAGAGGGUAGGAAUGAGAAAUGUUGGUCAUGUGAGUUGUUGGGUUUGUUUGGGAUUGGGUGGGGGUGUUUUGUUUUGGAUGAGGGGAGAAUUUUUUAAACACUAAACUUCUGAAAUGUAGUACUGUAAGAGGAACAUAAUUUCCUGCAGGAGUUACAAAGGCUGAGUGUUCAUUUGCCAGACACUUUUUUUUUUUUAAAGUAGAUUCCAGAAAACAUGGUUGUUUCUAACUAGGGUUAAAAUUUGGCUUUCUAUAUGAAUUCAUUGUUGGACCACGAAUCUGCUAAAGUAAAGAACUAUAAUCCCAACCUAAACUUUUCUGAGAUUUUACAAUAAUUAGAUCUUUUCCCAGGUUAAUUUGGAGUUCCUCUUCUCCCAGUCACAGGAGGUUUUUGUCAUCAAGACACAUUGAUAUUUUGUCGGGAUAUUUUCCUUUACGGUGUUUAAUGUACAUCAUGCCAGAGUUAUUUUUUUAUGAUUCAUUUUCUCUGUUUUUGUUCAGUAUGAAUGAGAUUCAGGAUCGUAUUUGUUUAAAGGGUAACACAUAUAGAUGUACAUAUGUAUUUUUGUUACAAGACAUACGAAAUAAUUUUAAGAGGGAUAAAGGUGAAAAUAUCAGAUUCCGGAAAUUUUAAGUAUCUUAAACUUUAUAAUUCUUAUAUGAUUUACCAUAAACAUACCAAAACAUUUUUCUGAAAAGUUACUAUAGGUCUCUGACAUGAAACCAUAUUUUGUCAGUAGUUGACCAAGCAGUUUUUUGAGAACUCUUCUAUGCAAUAAUGCAUUUAAUUUGUAAAAUAAAUGUUGAAUUAUAAAAAAAAAUUUGAAGAUGAGAUGCCUUAGAAUUUUAACGAAAAAUGGCACUCGAACAACAGCUACGUGUUGAAUGAUAUAAACUCUUGAGACAUCAUAGAUUUUAGCAGUGACCCAGAGUAAGGUAAUGCUUUGUGACCGGUGUCUACUAAUAGACUUGUUAUUUUGGGCCUCACAUAAAAUUUCUCACAUUCAUAUUCUUAGAGAAUUUUAUACUUUUUUAUUAUAAGUAUUUUGCCCUUCAGUCCAUGAAACUUAAAUAGAAAAUAUUGCUUAUACAAUAAUUAGCCUAAAAUCUAUCCAAAGGAAAAGAGAAGAGCUUUUUUGAGUGUUUUUUAAUUUAAUUCUCUGUUUGGAAAAGAUGUUCAGAGUUCAAAUAUGCUUCUUAUAUAACAGAAAUACCAUUAUUUCUGGGAUUUAGUGGCAUAGGCUGGAGAAGGCAAAAGUUUCCUGUGCUGAAGGAUUUUUCAAUUGACCUUAACCCAUGUUGGGUACAUAGAAAGACACCAUCUGCAUAGCCAGCAGUGUUACUACGUAGACCUUGCACAUCUUACUUUUGUUCUGCAUUUUUUUAAAUUUCUCGAUUUGUCUAUUUCUCUUCAGAAACAGCGUUUUUAACAGUGUAUUUGCUUUUUUAAAAAGUAUUGUGAAUGGAAACCCUGUGGAUUUUUUUUUAUUUCGUUUGUUUGUCAUAAAUAAGCUAAAGUAGACAUGUUGUAGAUUAAUCAUAUCUGUGGAAAUAUGCAACUAAAAAUCAGAGCCUGACAUCACAUAGUUUUGCCAAAGGGAGAGAGCUAAGCUGGAAGAUGUGUUUGAUAUUUUCAGCUCUGAACAUUAAUGGAUGCUUGCAUAGAGUAAGAUAGUGUUCAAAUUUGGUUAAUAGUAGAUAGCCUUGUGGCCUCUGACUGACUAACCCUCUUUACAUAACAGUACAGAAGUCCUUGUUGUUUUUCUGUCUUUAAAAUUUAUUCAUCUAAAAAAUUAGUCAUUGCUUAAGAUUAUUUUAGCAUUUCAAGCAAAUUGAAAACAAAGUGAAUUAAAAUAGUGUAGGUGAAUUUUUUUUAUCUAUAAUUCACCAAAUAUCUCAUAAUUCAAAAAAAUAUGUAACUAAAAUAUAUUAAAUAUUUAGGUAGUUCAUUUGUGGGAAGAUGAAUCUUUUUAUUAAGCCUGCCCUCAGCUGUAAAUAAGUGACUCAAAAGCCCAAAAUGUUCAUCAGCAUUAAGUUCAGUUGUUUCGCCCUUAGCCAAGAACUCAUUAGAAAUUCAGUUAUAAUUUAAAUUUAAGUCUGCUUUGAUAAGCACAAUGAUUAGCAUGUUAUAUGGCCUGUUGUAGUAGUACGUACUAGCCAAUUUAAGGCAAUCUCAUUUAACAAUUUAUUUGAACAUGGAGGUUUAUUUUUCAUAUGUAAGUAAGAUGUCAGCUUUAAAAUUACAACUCUAAAAAUAACUACAGAUUGACCUUCCAGAGCACUAUUUUUGGCCUCAUGCCCCCUCUGUUCAGGCUUUGCUUGUUUUUCAGAAUGUGAUUUUUACCUCCAGACAGAUGGUAAGAAUUGAACAAGAACUGAUCAAACACACCUUCCUAUUUUGUUUUCUUCACUAUGUAAAUAUUAUUUGGGUAAACAUUAUAAAAAGGGAUCCAAACAAUUUGAGUUUAAGUAUUUUUUUCUUUCUAGGCAUGUGCUUCAAUGACAAUUUUUCUGUGUGGAAAAUGCCAUAUCACUAUUGCACUGCCUUCUGUGUGGACUGUGUUGGUAUUGGAUCUUUCUGUAUUAUCAAGAGUCAGGGUGUUUACAACUGCAAAGUUUGUAUAAGUGGCUUUAUUCCUCUUCUAGAAGAUUUAUGAGGAGGCUAGGAGGCACUGUUUAUCGGUACAGGAGGAAAAAAAGAAUGGAAAGCAUGUUUACAGACUCUAGCGUUCCUUGUUAGCUUAAACUGGGGCCCUCGAGGAGCAGCCUGUUGAUCUUUUGGCCAAGCAACUUGAGCAUUAAGUCUCUUAUUUCUUUCUGAGGUUAAUUCGUAAGCUGUGUACCUUUACUACUGAAAACAAAACUAUAGGGCACCAUAGUAAUUGAAAAUCAAUAGUAAUAGGCCUUUUAAAUGAAUAUAUCUAGUAUUGGUAUCCUUCCUGUUUUUUUGAGGCAUAUUCCUUUCCAACCAGUUUUUAAAACACCACGUAAUCAUCUUCUGCAAACAAGGGAUACCAGUGUUGCCUAACGGAAGAUAAUCUUUAAUAAAGUAAAUCCUCUGCUUCAAAGGCUUUUGAAAUAAUUGGAUCCCUUUUUGAAAAUGAAGAUGGAUUUAACUGUGUCCAGGUGGAAUAAUAGUAUUGCUGUUGCAUGAAUAGAUGCUAUAAAGCAAGUGAUGAGGUUGAUCUGACUUCUUUCGUGACCUUUUAGGGUUUGCUUUUAUUUUCCUUCUCUUUUUUGUAUUAUGUCUUUCAAAAUAGUAAAUAUAUUAUUUUACAGCCCAAGUGGUAUUCUGUUUUUUCUAAGCUUUGAGAUACAAAUAUUGCUUUUUAAUCACAUUGAUGAUAUAUUACUUUCCAUGUGAACCUUUUCAGAAUGAUUUAAGUACCUUUGAUUUUGAUCCCCUAAAAAUGGCUUGUGUCUAAAAUGACAUUUUGUUCCCCCUAUUUGGAGGGUUCUAAUGAAAGAGAUCCAUGCAUAAAAACUCUUUUGCUAUUGUAAACAAUUUGAUUACACCUGUGUCUUAAGUUAUAGUGUGGGGAAAAUUUGGUCAGUGCCUUAUUAUUUGAAGAGCAAUUUUAGGGCAUCAAAUAUGACAAUAAUCAUGUGCCCUCUUGCUCCUCUUAUUUCAGGAGUGUGUGCUAUCCCUCUCUCCACCAGCUUAAUCUUUGUCACCCCAAGUCUAACAAAGUCAUUGCAGAAACCUCUGUAGGUAAUUGUUGCAGUCCUCCUUGGUUUUUGAGUCUUUUUAAACAGGAUUCCUCCCUGCUUUUAUCCUUUUAGAGUAGGAGAUUAAAAAUAAACCCACCCGAAUCAACCUUAGAUAUACACUCUUAAAAACAAAUUUGAAGAGCAGUAUUCAGCCAAGUUCAUUUUUAUUUUGUUGAUGUUUUGAGCAUAUAUUUAAUUGUAAGGCCUUUUGAAAAAGCCCUAAAAUAAUAAGAUACAACCAGAAAUAUUUGUUUUGGUUUUGUUAAAUGUACUGAAAUCUUGUAAUGAAAAUCCCUUUGUCCAGAAAUGAGAUUUAUUUCCAUUUAUUUUUAUAUUUAAGUAACACUCAGAACAAACAAGUAGUCACUUAACCCGCCAGUUAUUAUUUUCUUGAAAAUAUGCAAGAAAGUAAAAAUAUCUCUAAUAUGUAAAUUAAAGGGAAGUUAAGAGGCUAAACUAGUUUUCUCGGUGAAAGCAAAGCUUGGCGAUAUUUUGCUUCUCUCAGAUUAUUGGAAGACCUGGAGCUACUGGAUGUUAACCUGAGUCAAGAUGUUCUUUCACGUUUUUUUUUUAAAGGGCUAGUAUGUUCCAGAGUAGGCAAGUAGACAUAGUCAUUCAAGCCAAAUGAAACAGUUAACUGGUCCUUGAGGAUUAUUAGCAAAAUUUAAAUUUUGACCCUGGCCCUUUGUACUACAGAAGUGAUGGAGAUUAAAAAGAUACAUAAUUAGAGUGUUUUGGGAUGGGGCUCUUUUUUUUUCUUAAUCGAAAAGCAGAAACUCCAUAAUUAUUCGCUGUGCUUUAGAUACCAGAUAACAAAUAUUGUUUCCCCUGAAGAUAUCACCUACUAGAACCAUUCACAUAUAUAGUCCAAUAGUUGCUGACUUAAUAGGUAUGGUGAAAUCGCUGAUAAUAAGUCAGCAGACUCUCAAGAGUUUCUGUACCUUGAUAACUGACAAAUUCAUUGUUUUACAUCCUACUGAAGUACAUGUGUGUGGGGAGGGCGUGGGGAACUGGUUGACAACAUAAUCUGAAGGAGAUCAAACAUCUGUAGGGACAGGUACCCAAUGAUAAUAACAUAUCUGAAAACACAAGCCGUUUUUAUUCUUUAUCCCAAAUAACUUUGAGGUACUCUAAUGAUGAAGCACUCGACUGCACUGUGACCUCCUUGAGUGAUGUGCAGCUUGGUUCCUCUCUCACUUUUUGUUUCUGUUUAAUAUGCAAAUGUGAGUGUGCGAUCUUCAGUGUGUCUGCAUAAGCUAACUUAAAAUGAAUUUAAAUACAGUUUUCUGAAAUAUUUCUAUUGAAAUAAAUUACUUAAAAUUA